GGGACCGGGCCGGCAACAGCCUGCUCGCUCGCUCGCGGGCGCGCUCACCUGAUGAAAGAGCGUCGUCGUCUGUCGUGUGCUGGAGGAUGUGAAGAAGAAAGCAGAAUUCGACAGAUCUGCAAGAGCUGAGGCAAGCCCAGGACUUGAGAAUUGCACAAGCGGACACUCUUAAUUUAUGUGGUCACGGAAUUGCUGGCUCGGAGCAGAGCUUUUAACCAGAACCUUGCUGCCUGCACUGCCUCGGCCUUCGCCUUGCGCCUGGCGCCCUUCUGCCUAUCAGCGACUCCGGAACGUCAGUGCCUGCUCUGGUCGAUGAUAACAGUUGACGAUUGACAGUCAGUCAGUCCGCUGAUUUGACGCCCGGAGACCCGAGAGGCGAGACACACAGACGCACACGCACACGCACACGCACCCUAAUACAAGAUAAGCAUCAGCUUGCCCCUUCAUUCUACAGUCUUGCUGCCGCCGUCUGUGCAGCCAAUCAAAAGGCAACCCCGGCGCUGGCCUGCACUCUCGCCGAGUCUACGUCGGGCCCGAGCGCGAGCAGAGUGACUGGAUCUUUACCCUGUGCUGGUCGUUGUUCAUGUGCCCCGGCAGCAGCAGCAGCAGCCUCUGCCUCUGCCUCUGCUCUUCGCGAACUCAGGAGAAUUUUACUGUUCCCGGGGCUGCUGCUGGAGAGAUGGCGGGGGAGGCUUUCGGCGCUGUGAUGAGGCUCGAGAACCUUUUGCGGAUGGGCAUGUUUUGGACGCUUGCUGUCAUUUACUCCUACGCGCAAUUGCUGCAUCAGAAGCUCUUCCGCUCGGGAAUCAUCUUUUCCAGGUCGCCACGAAUCGCCCCCGAUGGCGCGCGCCUUGUGUGUAUCGUUACCGGGGCUUCUUCAGGAAUUGGCAGAGCCACCGCCGAAGCUCUUGCCGUGCACGGAUACCAUGUUAUCCUUGCUGGACGGGCGAGGACGCGGUUGUUGGAGGUCGUCUGGGCUAUCAGGAGGAAGCACGACAAUGUGUCUCUCGAAGCGCUCGAGCUCGAUCUUUGCUCGGUCGGCUCUAUCCUUUCCUUCGUGGAUCAGGUCAAGAGCAUGUUGCAGGCCUCCCAGGGCUCCAAGGCUUUGCAGCUGCUCGUCAACAACGCGGGCAUCCUCGCGGGCUCGAGCAGAUGCACCGAGACGGGCUCUGACAGCAUGAUCACCAGCAAUUACUUGGGACCUUAUCUGCUGACCCAGCACCUCCUCCCGCAUUUCCACCAAGGCCAUCCUCGAGCCCGAAUUGUCAACGUCACGUCCUUCACUCAUCGCUGCGUCCGAGCAGGGAUCGUGGAUGAGAAACAGCUCGCUCGAGGCUCACUGGCCAAUUUUCCACUUCACAAGAGUUGGUACAGCCUCGCCCAAGUCUACGAGAAUUCUAAAUUCUGUCUUCUUCUGUUCACGUAUGAGCUCCAUCGCCGUUUCCACGACGGCACUGAUUCGUUCAAGCUCAGUGUGAUGGCUGCAGAUCCGGGUAUCGUCCGUACGAAUAUUAUGCGUGAGCUUCCGAGCUCUCUUGUCUCGUUUACGUACUUCGUUCUCGGCAUAUUGAGACUUCUUCAAGAUCCGUCGGACGGAUCGAAGGCCGUUCUCGAUGCUGCUCUUGCUCCUGAGGAUUUGUCCGGCGAAUAUUUCUUCGGUGGCAAUGGAAGGACUGUAAGAUCCUCUGCGCUGUCGUAUGACAAAGUACUCGCAAAGCAAAUCUGGAGACUCUCUAAUUCUAUUUGCCAAAGAGCGAUGGAAAAUGAAGAGCAAUGACGGGUUCAGUCCCUACUUUGCCGUCGAGACAGCGAUUAAAUUUCCAACGCCCCUAUUCGGAGCAAAUCCCGCGUUUGCCGCAUCCAUUAUACCGAGUUCUGGUAUUGGAAGCUCUCUCUAUAUUUUGAGCCCUCAGUUCUGACGAAACUGGUCGAGGGGCGCAGAGUGGAAACUCGAAGAAAUUUCUUGCUGGCACAAUCGCACGCGCGUUUCCUGAAAAAUUCUUCCUCGGGAUCGACACUUAGAGCAAGAUCCACAAGAUCAAAGAAUAUUUGCAGAACACCAGAGUUAGUUGCCUUCUUUAUAGCACGCUCCUCCUCAAAAAGCGCUUGAAUGAAUCCCUGAUUGUACACAAGUAGGAAGGGCACA